GCACUCCUCCAGUAUUAGGAAACACAUUAAAAUGCUACUGCUAUAGUGAUAUUAAAACUUUAUUAAAACACAAUGUCUUGGAUUAGAUGGUGAAGUAGUUGUUCGGGGGUGGACUGUGCAACACUUUACAUGACUUGAGCUGGGAACCAUCGAACCCGGAACAAAAAACCGUCGGAAGACUCGUCGAUGGGAUGCACAGCCCCAACUUUAAUCUCAAAUAUUAUAUAAUAUAUAACAGAGAGAAAGGCGCAGGAUUUGUUCAAUAAAUCUGACAUUUUCUGUUAGUCUCCCAGAACAUAUUGCCGUUGAGUGCAGUGGAUGAACAGGAUGGACGAGGAUAACAUUACUUUUUCAAAGGGGAAUUGUGGCCCUCUUCCCCUCUCCACUCUGCAACUCCUGGUCCCACCAAUCCGGUUGCUCUCAGCAGCAAUCUGGCAGACCCUCGAGCAGAAAGCUGUGGCUGAUUAUGGGAUGCUUGAGGAGUUUGUUUCCAUGGUGACAGACAUUGUGCCAGAGUUACUCACCGCUUGCCAGAGAGCCCAACUUAUCCUGGGCCUCAGAGCACGGCUGAUUCUGGAGUUAUGUCAGUUUGAAGCUACUGCUGAGGUUGUUCAGCCGCACCUGGACAGAGUGCAAAUGCUCAUCAAGGCAUGGGAGGCCGGUGCUGCAAAUAUGGAACAUGUGGAAGCGCCGCACUCAAAAUUUGUGGAUCUAGUUAAGAACUUGCUGAAUAAUCCUGACGAAAGGCACCACUUCUUUCAGAACGUUUUCCCUGAAGAGUUUGGUCCCACAUAUGAUGAAGCACUUCAAACCUUGAUGUGGAUGUUUCUGUCCAGACUUGAAAAGUUUCUUCCUCUUCAAUCUUUCCAACAGGUUGCCUCCAUGUUUAGUGAGACGUCCUCAGUUCUGGCGGACUACAUGGACUGCGUGUCUCGCCGUGAGGAGCUCAGAACCCUGUUGCAGUAUCAAAAAGACCUCAGCCAACUGGAUCACAAUGAUGGUUCCUUGGAUGGUGCCUGCAUUAUUUCGGCUCUCAAACUUCCCUCCAUAGAAGGACCUGACACAGAUAAUGCACAACCACGAGCCAACAUCUUGGAGAAUGGGCUAUCAUGUGCAUCCCAUUUGGAGUCUUUAACAUUGCCUCAUACGACACAGAUAAAAACGGACACACCUGAGCUAAAGGUUGAUGAAACUGACUGGAGUCCUUGGGAAAAUGGUACAGCUGAGCUUUCGGGAGAUAUGACAAGACACGAAGAAAAUGUAGGCCGCCUUCAAAGUCAAGUGGAGGAUGCGUCCCGCCUUAUAAAACAAUGUUGUGUUCAGCUGAAAAGACUGGACAUGCCGCUGUCUUUGCGGUCUCGACCUGUGAGACAAAACAGAGGCCUGAGGAUGAAAGAGAUUCUGUUGGAAGAGAAAAGGGGUCUCUGUGAAGAGACCCUCCCUGCCUCCAAAUCAGCUUCUAGGACAAGAAAAGACUCCGAUAGGGCUCUUUCAGAUGACUCAGACGACGACUGUUCAAGCAGCUUCAGCAAAGACUCAUAUAUGGCUCCUGUCAAUGACUGCAGUGAAGACGACUCAUGGUCUUACUACUCAAAUGAGGACUCUUGCCGUAACACGAGUCCAAGUGUCGCUGAUUCAUGGUCUGAUUACUCAGAUGACGAGCGUUCCUUUGUGGCUCCUGUUAGUAGUUAUACUCGAGAUGAUUCAUUGUCUAGCUGCUCAGAUGAGGACCCUUCCUUCGUGGGUCCUCAAAUGUUUUCAGACAGAAAGCAGGGCACCUCCGACAUCAAAGCAAGCACUUCGAAGAAGACUCGUAAAGUCCAAUGCUUUUUCUGCAAGGAGCAUUUGAGUACAAGCCUGAGAACGCACAUGAAAACCCACUUUCCCACUAGUGAAUACGCCUGCCCUCGGUGUGACACCAGGUUUAAAUUCAUCUCAUCUUUUAGGCUGCAUAUGAGUAGAACCUGCUUUGAGUACAGCACGCAGCAGGUAGAUCCGGAGAAGCCGGAGGAAGCCAAGAGUCUUUACAAAUGUGACCAAUGCGACGAGGCGUUCAGGUACAAAGUUUCACUGAGAAUGCACAAGUUGACCCACAACGAACUCUACUGCGGUGUGUGUCGGAAGGUGUUGCGGGACGCAGCAACGUUGGCAAGGCACAAGGCUUCACACACGCUGUUUCAGUGUAACCGCUGUGAGCAGUCCUUCCCUCUUUUUAAGCCGUUGCUUAGUCAUUACAAAAAUGUCCAUAAAAUCAGCAGGCCGUUUAAAUGCAACCAUUGUCCGAGAACUCUGUCCAGGCUGCGCAUUUUUAUCGCACAUGAGUGGAAACAUACGGGCCGUAUGCCUUUUCAGUGCGCUCAUUGCGGCUUGAGGUUCAACACUGACUCAGAUCUCCUCUCCCAUGAGAGAGUCCACACGGGAGAGAAACCCUACCUGUGUGCGGAGUGCGGCAGGACUUUCGCCCAAAAGUCCAACCUCAUGCGGCACUUUAAUUUUCUCCACAGCGAGUCUCGGAAUGAGAAGAAGCACUCUUGCUCCGAGUGUGGGAAAUCUUUUAAAGAGAAAGGAGCUCUGAGAAAACACCAGAGGAAAAACCACUUAAGAGAAUUGUUCCGUCAUCCGUGCUCAUACUGUGGAAAGAUGAUGUCGGCGUCAGCACUCGCUAGACAUAAUUUAAUUCAUUCGGGAGAGAGACCUUUCAAAUGCACCGUGCCCGAAUGUGACAGGUACUUCAGGUCAACUUCUGAAGUGAAGCGGCAUGUCCUUAUACACCAUACUACAGAGAGACCUUAUAAAUGUAAUGUCUGUGGGAAGGGCUUUGUAAAGAUGUGUUAUCUCAACGUCCAUGCUAAAAUACACUCGGGAGAGAAGCCAUUUGUUUGCCAUAUUUGCGGCAAGGCUUUCCCCAAGAUAUACAGCAUGCAUAGGCACAAAAAACUUGUACAUACUUUUGUAACACAUUAACACUGCAUGCGAGGAGUGCUCAGUUAAACAGCAGCAUGCCACAAUGUCACAAGUAGAGAAUCACUUUUUAAACCCACAGAAGUUGUGUAACAGGUCUGUGUACACAACAAAAGGGUUCAUAAGUAAUGAUUGCUUGGGGGGAAUGACAUGCAACACAGAUUUCUAGCUUAACUUGAACCAGCGACGGUGCAGUAAUGUGUUUGUAGCAGUAACCAUUCAACUAGGUGCUCCAGGAUAUUGACUGUAAUUUGUAAUUGUUGACAGUGAUCACUGGAAAAUAUGCUUUUAAUAUCAAAAUAAAAAUCAAAAAUGCUAGCUAAA